GGUUGGUUAGAAGGGCUGUCGCGGACAACGCCCACGGAUGUGUCAGCGUGACCCCAAAAUGACUAUUUUGGGCUGAUAGAGAUAAUAGCGCGCGGUGGGCUUUGCGUCAGGCGGCGCACUCACUCACUCUGCGCAUUUCUGGACAGGUUCAAUCGUGAGCGCGGAAACGGCACAUCAAGUGUCUCAACGAGGAAUCAUUCUACGAGAGCCACCAAACUGAUUCUUCAGGCUAUUAUCACUCCUUGAGACCUACACGAGCACAUUGGCAUCAGAUUCUCACUCUUCGACAUCCAGUUAGGAGCACAAAGCUUUAUUGUCCACACCUGUAUCAAGCCAAAGGGCAGUUUUUGUGACCUCCAUUCUGCCCGGCUCUCCUUUCACACCUUUAAUUGUUAGGAUCAGCACGACAGGGCACAAACAUGCCCAAGAGCAGUAAAGUGACUCAGCGCGAGCUCAGUAAUGAGCAUGUCACGGAGUCUGUGGCUGACCUCCUGGCACUGGAGGCUCCCAUGGACUACAAGAGCAGUCAGAUGAGCAUGAACAUGGCAGGAGGGGGCCCUCCGCCCAUAGGCAAGCCAGAUAUCUCCCCUGACCUAGAAGACGGUCGCCCUGCCUGGAACAGUAAGCUGCAGUACAUCCUGGCCCAGGUGGGCUUCUCAGUGGGGCUGGGUAACGUGUGGCGUUUCCCUUAUCUUUGCCAGAAGAAUGGAGGAGGUGCCUACCUUGUUCCAUACUUCAUCCUUCUUAUCCUUAUUGGCAUCCCACUCUUCUUCUUGGAGCUGGCAGUUGGCCAGAGGAUCCGUCGAGGAAGCAUAGGAGUAUGGAAUUAUGUUUAUCCACGACUUGGUGGCAUUGGAGUGUCCAGCCUGAUGGUGUGUGGUUUUGUGGGUCUGUACUAUAAUGUGAUUAUCGGCUGGAGCAUCUUCUACUUUUUUCAGUCGUUUCAGUAUCCUCUGCCCUGGAGCGAAUGUCCUAUCAGGAGGAAUGGCAGCCAAGCCAUUGUGGAGCCUGAGUGUGAGAAGAGCUCAGCAACCACGUACUUCUGGUACCGCGAGACCCUGAACAUCACCAGCACAAUCGCAGACAGCGGGGGUCUGAACUGGAGGAUGACUCUGUCGCUGCUGGGUGCCUGGAUAAUUGUCUGCCUGGCUGUAAUAAAGGGCAUUCAGUCUUCUGGGAAGGUGAUGUACUUCAGCUCUCUAUUUCCAUAUGUGGUGCUCUUUUGCUUCCUGGUGAGAGGGAUAUUUCUUAAAGGAGCAGUUGACGGCAUUGCUCACAUGUUCACACCCAAGCUAGAGAUCAUGUUGGAGCCGCAGGUGUGGCGUGAAGCUGCCACUCAAGUCUUCUUUGCUCUUGGUCUGGGUUUCGGGGGAGUCAUCGCUUUUUCCAGCUACAAUAAGAGAGACAACAACUGCCAUUUUGAUGCCGUGCUGGUCUCAGUUAUCAACUUCGUGACCUCUAUUCUGGCUACACUCGUGGUGUUUGCUGUGCUGGGUUUCAAAGCCAACGUCAUGAACGAGAAAUGUGUGGUGGAGAAUGCUGAAAAGAUUCUGGGCUACUUGAACUCAAAUGUGCUGAGUCAGGAUCUCAUCCCCCCUCACGUGAACUUCUCCCACCUCACCUCGUCAGACUAUGCCGAGAUGUACGGCGUAAUAAAGAUUGUGAAAGAAGACAGUUUUGCACAGCUGGGGCUGGAGCCGUGUCUUCUGGAGGAUGAGCUCAAUAAGGCUGUUCAAGGCACUGGUCUGGCUUUUAUUGCCUUCACCGAGGCCAUGACCCAUUUCCCCGCUUCUCCCUUCUGGUCUGUCAUGUUUUUCUUCAUGUUGAUAAACCUGGGCCUGGGCAGCAUGAUUGGCACCAUGACUGGCAUCACCACACCCAUUCUGGAUACUUUCAAAAUUCGGAAAGAGGUCCUCACAGUGGGCUGCUGUAUUGUGGCUUUUUUGUGCGGCUUGCUGUUUGUCCAGCGUUCAGGGAACUACUUUGUUGCCAUGUUUGAUGAUUAUUCUGCUGGUUUGCCCCUCACCAUUGUGGUGAUCUUAGAGAAUGUAUCUGUAGCCUGGAUCUAUGGCACUAAAAGGUUCAUGCAGGAUCUAGAGGACAUGCUUGGUUUCAGACCGUACAGUGUUUACUUCUACCUGUGGAAGUAUGUGUCUCCAGUGUGUCUGCUCAUACUGAUUUUUGCCACUGUGGUAGAGAUGGCCAUCAGCCCUCCGGGAUACAAUGCAUGGGUGCAAGACCUGGCCAUGGAGAGGUUUCAGAGUUAUCCUCCUUGGGCACUAGCCAUGUGUUUUUCUCUGAUCAUUGUGGCCAUGCUUCCUCUUCCAUUGGUCUUUAUUGCCCGUCACUACAACUGGCUACCAGACGGCUCCAACAAGCUAUCCGUCUCCUACCGGAAGAGCCUGGCAAAGGAGGCCUCCACCCUGGAAGAUGAGACCAGGUUCAUCCUUGGGAAGAACCCCAGCGAAGCCCCUUCUCCCAUGCCCAGCCACCGGGCCUAUCUGGGUCCUGGCAGCACCUCUCCUGUGGAGCUCAUCACCAACUCUACCUCCAUCAGUGGCUAUGGCAGCGGUUACCAGACCAACCCCGCCCCUCCCAAAUCUGAGUCAUGAUCCUCCAACCCACCAACCCGAGACUGAGAUGGAAAGAGAAAGAAGAUGCUGAACAGAUGAGAAGGUCCUAGUGUUGGUCACACCUUAACCCAAGCCAUUCUAAGGAGCAGGACGACAAGAAAACAGACAGAAAGACACAGAGAUCCUUCCUUUUCCCCAACUAGAAAGGUUCCCUUGAGCCCAAUUAUUCAUACGGACUACAGAUGUUGGUCUGAAGGUGAAAGAGAGUCUGAAGCUUUCAGAUCAGAAUGUAAGGUGGCUUACUUGGUGAGUUGGGAAGUUAUUUUUUGUAUACAGAUAAAUAAUGUCAACUCUAAGAAGUUUCCAACAUCCAAGCUUCAGGAUUGGUCUCUGUGAUUCGUUCGAGGUCAUAGGGUUAGUAGCACAUCCCUCUCUGUGAGUGAGUGCUGAGGUAAUAGUUGACGCUCAGGUUAAGGUGUUUCCAAUGCUGCUGAACUCCAGACAUCUUACAAAAUGCAUAAGAGAUGCCAUGCAAGGGAUUUCAUUUAAACUCAUCUUUAGAGCUCAUAAAGGGAGACGACUCAGAGGGGCUCAGAGAAACUAAAGCUUUCACUUCUUAUAAUGAGCCCUCUAGUGGAUAUUAUGUAAGAGUCACUGUUAAAUACAGACCACCUGAGAGUAGAGUGAAUUGAUAGCUUGAUUUCUGUUACUGACUGAAGUACAUCCUCAUUUAAUAAGUGUUCUUGGUCAUAGACUGCACAUCAACAGUCUGUCAUGUCCACAUCUCAGCACAAGAGGGCGACAUAUAUGUAUUCAUACACAAAGCACAUACGUAUGUAGUCUCAGUGCAGUAUCAAACAUACAGUAUAAGUGUCAGGUUCAGGCUGUUUAUGUGAAACUGGAUUUAUCUUUUUUUACGUUUAUGUUUAAGUUUUUUAUGAUCGAAACAAAUGUGACUGCCUGAUGAGAGGAUUUCCACACAGCACAAGAUAUGACAUUUCAGGAUGCAAUACGGGGUACGGUUUGAGCCAAGUAAACUCCACCAAGCACAAUAACUAUAUCUUAAUAAAUUACACAUGAAUUGAAUGGGAACAAAUAUUUAAUUUCCAUGUCAGCAGUGGCAAUAAUAGUAAUGAAUUGAGUGGCAUUAGCUGCAAUUGUGAGCUUUACUUUAAAGCCCAGUUCUACACCUGUGGAGAAAUUGCAUUUGCUGUUCUAUUAACUACUAUUUUUUUUUUGUUUUGUUUGUUUUUUACUUAAAGUUAUCAUGCUUGGUGGAGGCUAGCUAUUUUAGGUCUAUAUAAUUAUUCAAAGUUAAAUUUAUAAUGAAGAUAAUAAGCUCCAAAUAGGGAAUGGUAC